AGCGCGGCGGGGGCCGCCGGCGGCCCGGCCCGUGGCCCGAGCGCGGCCCGGGCCCAUGGGCGGCGGCGCGGCGGCGGCGGCGGCGCGGCCAUGGGCUCGCAGGCGCUGCAGAUCCUGCGGCAGGGCGUGUGGGCCUCGCUGACGGGCGGCUGGUUCCUGGACCCGCACCAGAGCGCCUUCGCCAACUGCUUCCACCUCUACGCCUGGCUCUUCCUGCUCGCCUGCCCGCUCCUGCUCUACACGGUGCUGCCCCCCAGCAUGGCGGUGGCCGGCGCCUACUGCGCCGUGGUGGCCGCCUUCUUCGCCGCCGUGAAGACGGUCAACUACCGGCUGCACGCCAUGUUCGACCAGGGCGAGCUGGCCGAGCCCAGCGCCGCCUCCCUGCUGCCCCCCACCCGCGGCGACGACGGCGACGGCCCGGCCCCGCCGGGGGGGGCGGUGGAGAUGACGGUCUUCCGGCGGCCCGGCUCGACGCCGCCCGUGCGCUGCAGCUCCCAGCACUCCGUGUUCGGCUUCAACCAGGUCACGGAGCUGCUGCCCCACCUGGAAGACGCCGGAGCCACGAGAGACAUCCGGGAGCUGGUGCGGGAGCAGGGCAGCAACAACGUCAUCGUCACCGCGGCCGACCGGGAGCGCCUGCGGCAGAGCCCCCCCGAGGGCGGCGACGGGGCCGCGGGCGGCACGGAGGCGGCGGCCCCCCCCAGCCCCCCCGGGCUGAGCCGCAGCGUCCUCAGCCUGGCGCUGCCGGGCGCCGGGGGCCACCCCGAGGCCCCCCCGGGCCGGGGGGGGCCGGCGCCCCCCCCCAGGGGGGGCUCCUCCGACAGCUGCUUCAGCGGCGGCACCGACAAGGAGACGCCGAGCACCCGCAGCAGCUACCGCAGCGAGCGCACGGCCUCCACCCGCCUCGACAGCCCCCCGCCGGGCCCCGGCGCCGCCCCGGGGGGGGGCAGCGACACCGACCCCCCCUCGGAGGCCGAGGCGGCCCCCCCCCGCGCCGUGCGGCCCAAGGAGCCGCCGCCGCCGCCGCGCGCCUCCGACGAGGACGACUCGAGCGACGGCAGCGAGCUGAGCCCGGCCUCCAGCCUGCGCCGCUCCAGCUCCGACUCCUCCUCCAGCGCCUCCGGCUACUCGCCGCGGGCCGGGGCCCGGCGCCAGCGGCCCCCCCGCGCCGAGGGGCCCCCCCGGCCCCGCUACGCCCGCCGGGCCCCCGGCGCCGCCAAGGCCCGCGCCCGGGUGCUCAGCGGGGACGGCGCCGCCCGGCCCGGCCCCCCCCUCGCCAAGGCCGACCUGGAGGCCCGCGGCGAGGGGGGGGCCCCCGGCGCCGCCCCCCCGCUGCCGCCCCCCGAGGCCGCCGGCAACCGGCCGGGCUGGCGCGGGGAGCCGCCGGGCGAGGGGGGGGCCGGCGCGGCAGCGGCCCCGGGGCCGGCAGCGGGCGCCCGACGGGCCGGGGCGAAGCCGGGCCAGGCCACGCGGCGCCGGCACCACGCGGGCUCCAACCCCACGCCGCCCUCCUCGGCCAUGGGCUCGCCGCCCAGCCUGCAGGACCUGCCGCGGGGCCGGGCGGCCCCCCCGGGGCGGGCGCUGACGCUGCCGGCGGCCCUGCAGCUCGCCGGCUCGCUGCUGCUGCCCCGCGGCCCCGUGCACGAGGCCUGCGGCUUCGACGACACCUCCGAGGGCGCCGUGCACUACUUCUACGACGAGAGCGGCGUCCGGCGCUCCUACACCUUCGGGCUAGCCGGCGGCGGCUACGAGAACCCCGUGGGGCAGCAAGGCGGGGAGCCCGGCGGCACCGGCUGGGACCGGCACUCGCACUCCUCCAGCUUCACGUCGGCGGAGGCGGCCGAGGGGCCGCCGGGGCUGGGGCUGCUGCCGCCGCGGCCCGUGGUGCUGCAGGGCAUGCAGGUGCGCCGCGUGCCGCUGGAGCUGCCCGAGUUCGACCUGCUGGACCAGGAGUCGGUGCCCGAGUCGCAGGAGAACGCGCUGAUGGCGGAGGGCAAGGCCAAGCCCCGGCGCUGCUACAAGUACUGGGUGCUGCCGGGGCGCUGGGUGCGCGUCCGCUACGACCGCCUGGCCCUGCUGGCCCUGCUCGACCGGAACCGGCAGGUGACGGAGAACGUCUUCGCGGUGGCCUUGGUGGCCCUGGUGGCCUUCCUGGGCUACCUGCUGCUGCUGCAGGGCUUCUUCCGCGACAUCUGGGUCUUCCAGUUCUGCCUCGUCAUCGCCAGCUGCCAGUACUCGCUGCUCAAGAGCGUGCAGCCGGACGCCGCCUCGCCCAUGCACGGCCACAACCGGCUCAUCGCCUACAGCCGCCCCGUGUACUUCUGCGUGGCCUGCGCCCUCAUCUGGGGGCUGGACGCCUGCGCCCGCGCCCCCCCCGCGCCCCCCACCCCCUUCUACGGCCUCACCCUCUUCUCCGCCGACUUCUUCCGCGGCGCCCGCGACGCCGCCACCGUCUUCACGCUCUGCUUCCCCCUGGUUUUCCUGCUGGGGCUGCUCCCGCAAGUCAACACCUGCCUCAUGUACCUGCUGGAACAGGUCGACAUGCACCUCUUCGGCGGCACAGCCGCCACCAGCCCCCUGACGGCGCUGUACGGCUUCGCCCGCAGCCUGCUCGUGGCUGCCGCCCUCUACGGCUUCUGCCUGGGCGCCAUCAAGGCGCCCUGGGGGGACCAGCACGUCCCCGUGCUCUUCUCCGUCUUCUGCGGCCUCCUCGUCGCCUCCUCGUAUCACCUGAGCCGCCAGAGCAGCGACCCCACCGUGCUCUGGUCCCUCAUCCGCGCCAAGUUCUUCCCCGAGUUUGAGAGCCGGAGCCCCGAGACGCCGCCGGCGGAGAUCCCCGACCCGCUGCCCGAGAAGCUCCGCGGCUCCCUGCGGGACGUGCUGCACUCGGACCUGGUGAUGUGCUCGGUGGCGGCGGUGCUGACCUUCGCCGUCAGCGCCAGCACCGUCUUCAUCGCUCUCAAGUCCGUGCUGGGCUACGUGCUCUGCGGCCUGGCCGCGCUGCUGGGCUUCGUCACGCACUACCUGCUGCCGCAGCUCCGCAAGCAGCUGCCCUGGGGCUGCCUGGCGGGGCCCGUGCUCAAGCCGCGCGAGUACAGCCAGUUCGAAGUGCGCGACGCGGCGCAGCUGAUGUGGUUCGAGAAGGCCUACGCCUGGCUGCAGUGCCUGGAGAAGUACGCCGUGCACCCGGCCGUGGUGCUCUACGCCCUCACCGUGGACGCCCACGCCGUCAGCGCCCGCCCCGAGCACUUCUGCCUCUACGCCCGGGCGCUGCUGCUGACGGCGGCGGGGCUGCGGCUGCUGCGCGGGGGCUUCUGCUGCCCCCCCCAGCAGUGGCUGGCGCUGGCCUUCACCGCGCUGCUCUUCCGCUGCGACUUCCCCCGCCACUCCCAGGGCUUCCUGCUCGACUACUUCCUCGUCUCCAUCCUCGCCAGCAAGCUGUGGGACCUGCUGUACAAGCUGCGCUUCGUCCUCACCUACAUCGCGCCCUGGCAGAUCACCUGGGGCUCGGCCUUCCACGCCUUCGCCCAGCCCUUCGCCGUGCCCCACUCGGCGAUGCUGCUGCUGCAGGCCGGGCUCUCGGCGCUGCUCUCCACCCCGCUGACCCCGCUGCUGGGCAGCGCCGUCUUCCUCAUGUCCUACGCCCGCCCCGUCAAGUUCUGGGAGCGCGACUACAACACCAAGAGGGUCGAUCACUCCAACACCCGCCUGGCCACCCAGCUCGACCGCAACCCCGGCGCGGACGACAACAACCUCAACUCCAUCUUCUACGAGCACCUGACGCGCUCGCUGCAGCACUCGCUCUGCGGCGACCUGCAGCUGGGCCGCUGGGGCCCCUUCGGCGCCGGCGACUGCUUCGUCCUCGCCUCCGACUACCUCAACGCCCUCGUGCACCUCGUGGAGAUCGGCAACGGCCUCGUCACCUUCCAGCUCCGCGGCCUCGAGUUCAGGGGCACCUACUGCCAGCAGCGGGAGGUGGAGGCCAUCACGGAGGGGGUGGACGAGGACGAGGGCUGCUGCUGCUGCGAGCCGGGGCACCUGCCCCACGUGCUCUCCUUCAACGCGGCCUUCGGGCAGCGCUGGCUCGCCUGGGAGGUGGCGGCCACCAAGUACGUGCUGGAGGGCUACAGCAUCAGCGACAACAACGCCGCCUCCAUGCUGCAGGUCUUCGACCUCCGCAAGAUCCUCAUCACCUACUACGUCAAGAGCAUCAUCUACUACGUGACGCGGUCGCCGAAGCUGGAGGAGUGGCUGGCGCACGAGGGGGUGCGCGAGGGGCUGCGGCCCUGCACGGCGCCCGGCUACGCCGACACCGACCCCACCUUCAACCUCAACGUGGACGAGGACUUCGACGCCCGCCUGGGCGGCCUCAGCCUCCCGGCCUUCCGGCAGGCCUACCUGGGCUGGAUCCAGCACUGCGCCGGGCGCCGCGCCCAGCCCGUGGACAAGGACUGGGACUCGCCGCUCGUCACCCUCUGCUUCGGGCUCUGCGCGCUCGGCCGCCGGGCGCUGGGCACCGCCUCGCACAGCAUGUCGGCCAGCCUGGAGCCCUUCCUCUACGGGCUGCACGCCCUCUUCAAGGGCGACUUCCGCAUCACGUCGCCCCGCGACGAGUGGGUCUUCGCCGACAUGGACCUGCUGCACCGCGUGGUGGCCCCCGGCGUGCGCAUGGCCCUCAAGCUGCACCAGGACCACUUCACGGCGCCCGAGGAGCACGAGGAGGCGGCGGCGCUGUACGAGGCGGUGGCGGCGCACGAGGCGCGGCUGGUGAUCUCGCACGAGGGCGACCCCGCGUGGCGCGGCGCGGUGCUGGCCAACGCCCCCGCGCUGCUGGCGCUGCGCCACGUGCUCGACGAGGCCAGCGACGAGUACAAGGUGGUGAUGCUCAACCGCCGCUACCUCGCCUUCCGCGUCAUCAAGGUGAACCGGGAGUGCGUGCGGGGGCUGUGGGCCGGGCAGCAGCAGGAGCUCGUCUUCCUGCGCAACCGCAACCCGGAGCGGGGCAGCAUCCAGAACGCCAAGCAGGCGCUGCGCAACAUCAUCAACUCCUCGUGCGACCAGCCGCUGGGCUACCCCAUCUACGUGUCGCCCCUCACCACCUCCUUCGCCGGCUCCCACCCCCAGCUGCGCGCCCUCUGGGGCGGCCCGCUCAGCGCCCGCGCCAUCGCCGCCUGGCUCGCCGCCACCUGGGCCCGGCUGCAGAAGGGCUGCGGCGCCGGCUGCAACAGCGGCGGCAACAUCGAGGACUCGGACUGCGGGGGGGGCGGGGGGGGCCCGGCCCCCCCGGGGGCUGCAAACCCCCCCGAGGCCCCCGCCCCCGCCCCGCCCCACGCAGGUCCCCCCGGACGCCGGCGCCCGCCCGGCCCCGGAGCCCCCCCGCGACAAGGAGAGCCCCGCGGCGCAGCCCCUGCUGGAGCACCAGUACUGACCGCCCCACGGCCGCCCCACGGACCCACGGCCGCCCCAUGGACACCCCACGGACCCACGGACACCCCACGGCCGCCCCACGGACCCCCACGGCCGCCCCAUGGACCCUCAUGGACCCCCAUGGACGUCCCACGGACCCACGGCCACCCCACGGACCCCCCACGGACCCCCCAUGGACCCACGGACCCCCACGGCUGCCCCACAGACCCCCACAGCCACCCCAUGGACCCACGGCUGCCCCACGGACACCCCAUGGACCCACGGACCCCUCAAGGACGCCCCACGGACCCACGGCCGCCCCACGGACCCCCCAAGGACGCCCCACAGAGCCACAGCCGCCCCAUGGAUGCCCCAUGGACGCCCCACGGCCACCCCACGGACCCAUGGAUGCCCCACGGCUGCCCCACGGACCCACGGCCGCCCCAUGGACGCCCCACGGCCCCGCUACCCUGGGCUGGUCCCAACCCCCCCCCCCAACCCCCCCACGGACAGCAAUAAGGGCCUAGGGCGCCCCGGCCCCACAGACACCCCACAGCCGCUGUGGCCCCACGGCAGCCCCACGGACACCCCACGGCGGCCGCGGCCCCACGGACACCCCACAGCGCCGGCGGCCCCUCAGAGCCCCCGCGGGGACCUCGGCCCCCCGGCGAUGCCCCCGGGGCCCCCGGAGCCCCCCAGCCCCUGGCCUGGCCCCACGGCGGCCCCCCGGAGCCCCCCGCCGCCCCCGGGGGCUCGGACUCUUUUGGAGGGUUUUUUGCUGAUUCUCGAGGGUUUUUUUUGGGUUGAUACAAAAAUUAAAAAAAUACAAAAAA